GGCGUUCUGCUUGGGCGCCUCGCGGCUGCUUGAAAGGCCACUGCAGCCGGCGGGCUCCGGCAAAGCGCAGCAGGCGCCGGUUGGAGGAGGCUGGAUUCGGCGACGCUCGCCUGAGCGGGGGGCAAGAGCCCUCCGGAGCAUCGCUAGCUGUCCUUGGAGUAUAUGUCUUCACAAUUCGAGCUGGGGUGCUUCACUGUGGCGAUGUGGUCCAUCGGCCUCGGGGCCAUCGGGGCCGCUGUGACGGGGGUCAUCCUGGCCAACACAGACUUGUUCCUGUCUAAAGCGGAGAAGGCAUCGCUGGAAUUUCUGGAGGAUAUAGACCUGCAGACCUUGGGAGAAGAGCAGAGAAUGUUCAAGGCUGGGGAGCUGUGGAGGAAGAACGGGGCCGUGAUCAUGGCGGUGCGGAGACCCGGAUGAUUUCUGUGCAGAGAGGAGGCCGCCGAGCUGUCCUCUCUGAAGCCUCAGCUCAGUCAGCUGGGGGUCCCACUUUAUGCUGUCGUGAAAGAGAAGAUCGGCACUGAAGUGGAGGAUUUCCAACCCUAUUUCCAGGGAGAAAUUUUCCUGGAUGAAAAGAAACGAUUCUACGGGCCUCGCAAGAGGAAGAUGCUCUUUCUGGGCAUCGUCCGGUGGAGCGUCUGGAAGAACUUCUUCCGUGCUUGGUGGAGCGGCUUCAGCGGCAACAUCGAAGGAGAAGGCGUCAUCCUGGGUGGUGUUUUCGUGAUCGGGCCUGGGAAGCAGGGUGUUCUCUUGGAGCAUCGCGAGAAGGAGUUUGGAGACAAAGUAAGCCUGGCCGCUGUCCUGGAUGCCGUUAAGAAGAUAAAACCGCAAUCUUCUGAGCGUUAAAAUAUAUAUCCCGCCCUCCUAAUUGCGGAAUCUGCAAUGGCUGUGUUGGAAGCGCAAGCUGAAAUUCCUUCUGGCAGCUGAAAUCCCACCAGAAUGGCUGCGUUUUGUACCGCUGGCUCAAGAUAUCCAGGGGUCCUUUCGGUGGUUGUUUUUGACUGGAUCAAUGAAAGGCUUGGAUCCAAAACCUUCGGACCUAGUCCGGAUGCUUUCCAGUUAGAGCAAAACCAUCGGGGGAUGUCUUGAUAUCUGUCAGAUGAAAGCCUGGUGGGGAACUAAUAAAAACUGAAAUUGUUAAAGGCUAAA